UAGCCAGGAGCAACAGGCUACAUCAUAUAGCCCAGAUAACCCAGUGGGCUAUGCCAUCUAGGUUUGGCCCCAGGACACUGACUCUGUACAGGAUGGGGCCUUCCUCUUGCCACCUUCUCAUCCUCAUUCCCCUUCUCCAGUUGAUCGUCCCAGGGAGUACUCAGUGUUCCUUAGACUCCGUUAUGAAUAAGAAGAUCAAGGAUGUUCUCAACCGUCUAGAGUACAGUCCCUCUCCCGUAAGCAAGAAGCUCUCGUGUACUAGUGUCAAGAGCCAAGGAAGGCUGGCCUCUUGCCCUGCUGGGAUGACUGUCACUGGCUGUGCUUGUGGCUAUGGCUGUGGUUCAUGGGAUGUUCAGGGGGGAACCACCUGCCACUGCCAGUGCAGUGUGAUGGACUGGACCACUGCCCGCUGCUGCUACCUGGCCUGA